CUCUCCCUUCACGUGGGAUGCAGCCUAAAUAGAACAGGGCAGCGUGUCGGAGGCCAGCUGACCGAGCAGAGGCCUGCUGCUGCUGCUGCUGCUCAGUGACAUGGAGAGACUGGAGCAAGCUCUUUUCCGCCUGCAACAAGGCUUUGAGCUGCAGUUCCGUCUUGGCCCUACCCUCCAGGGUAAGGAAGUGCAGGUGUACACCAACUAUCCUGCCAAUAACGGCCACAAGUUCGAUCGCCUGAGGUUCCAUCCUUUGGCCUGGGUCUAUCCAAACGGACAGGACGAUGACUGUGAUAAAUACUGCAGACUGGACUUAGUGGUGGCUGGGUCUUACCAGUACUACUUCUCCUGUGGUGGUGCAGAGAAAGUGAGCGGUGGUUACAUUGUUGUGGAUCCGGUGCUCAGGGUAGGCGCCAACAAUGAAAUCCUUCCACUGGACUGCAUCAGCAGCCAAACAUACUUUGCCACGUGCCUUGGCCCACUGGACAAAUGGCUCGACCGGGUCAGGGUCGCAAAGGAGACUGGCUACAACAUGGUCCACUUUACCCCGCUGCAGAGGCCUGGAGCAUCUGGUCACUCCAUCCUCGACCAGCUGGAGCUGAACCCCGACUUCUCGCCUGACGGGACGCCCUGUACCUGGGGCGACAUCGGCGAUCUGGUGGAGACUCUGAGGAAAGACUGGAGCAUGGUCUGCGUCACCGAUGUGAUCUAUAACCAUACAGCGGUCGACAGCGAGUGGAUUCGCCUCCAUCCGGAAUGUGGCUACAACCUGGUCAACGCUCCCUACCUGAAACCAGCGUGGCUCCUGGACAGAGCUCUGUGGCACCUCAGCUGCGAGGUGGCCGAUGGGAAAUAUACUGACCGAGGGGUGCCGCCGCUCAUUCACGAUGAGCAGCACAUGAAUGCUCUGCGCUGCGUUCUGUGGCAGCAGGUGUUCUCCAGGCUCAGGCUGUGGGAGUUCCUGCAGGUCAGCGUGGACGCAGCGGUGGAGCAGUUCAGAGAGUUGCUGCAGGCUGGCGGUGCAGGUGUCAGGUCCAGGUCCGGUCCAGAGUGCACGAAGCAGCUGAAGAUGGUGCAAGACCCUGAGCACCGACGCUUUGGUAACACCGUGGACAUGAACUCUGCCCUGGAUGUAUUCACACCACGCAGCAUGAGUCCAUCGGACAUCCAGGACUGUUGCGACGGUUUCAGGAGGAGGCUGGGGGAGCUGAACUUGGAAAAGUACAACGAGACAAACGGCCACGCCGAGCAGGCGACCAACUGCAUUGUGGGGAGCGUCAUUUAUGAGCGUCUCGCUGAUGAGGGGCCUAAACUGGGUCCAGUCACGAGGAGACAACCUCUUUGUCCCAGGUAUUUCACCUUUCCAUUUGAAGAAAUGACAUUCGAUGAAGAAGUGCAGCUGAUGGAGCAGAGGGAGAAGGCGUGUCGCCUCAUGGCCCAUGAUGGCUCUGUGAAAGGAAAUGAUCCGCCAAAGAACUUUGCUGAACCAGGCUCAGAAGUCUACUUGCGGAGGGAACUGGUCUGUCGGGGCGACGCCGUCAAGCUCCGCUACGGAGAGAAGCCAGAGGACUGUCCUCACCUGUGGAGUCGUAUGAAGGCGUACACAGAGGUCACUGCCAAAGUCUUCUCCGGUGUGCGCCUGGUCGACUGCCCCUCCACCCCUCUGCACGUGGCUGAGGCGAUGCUUGCAGCAGCCAGAGUCAUCAGGCCUAACCUCUAUGUGAUCGCUGAGCUCUGUACCGGCAGUCGGCUUAUUGAGAAUGUCUUUGUAAACCGCCUGGGAGUCACCAGUUUGAUGCGAGAUGCUACAGACAGACAAGAGGGGGCGGGGCCCUGGCAGUCUUGGUUCGGCGGGGAGCCUGUGGGGGCCUUCGUCCAGCCCAGCCUCCGGCCUCUGGUCCCAGAUGUGGCUCACACCAUGUUCAUGGACGUCAGCCCCAACAAUCACAGUCAUAUCCAGAAGUGUUCGGUUUACGACUUCCUGCCCAACUCUGCCCUGGUUUCCAUGGCGUGUUGUGCCACGGGCAGCACCAGAGGGUAUGAUGAGCUGCUCCCUCAUCAGAUCUCAGAGGAUCACCAGUACGCGUGCUGGAACGCAGGCGGUCAGGUCAACCUGCAGACCGGCAUCCUGGCCGGCAAGUUGGCCCUGAACAGGCUUCACCAGCAGUUGGCCGCUGAGGGCUUCACUCAGGUGUACGUGGAGCAGCUGGCUGAGGGUGUGAUCGCCGUGACCAGACACUGUCCCAGCAGCCACCAGUCUGUGGUAGCCGUGCUGCGAAGGCCGCGCGAGGAUCCAGAGAGACGCCACAACGCAGGCGACGUUCCGCCGGUGUUCAUACCAGGUCAGGUUACCGAGGUGGUGUUGGAGGCCCUGACCGUUGUGAGCGACACCGACACAAAAGAUGCCAACGACGUCAAUGGGCGGCCCGCGUGCACUGUGGAGAUCAAGGAACACUUUCAGCUGACGGACAGCAAAGUGGUGAAAACGGCCGACAUGGUGUCAAAAGACAACGGUGUCGCCCAGGAGAUAGUGCUGGAGAAGUUCCCACCGGGCUGCGUCAUCGUCUUUAGGGUUUCUCUGGAGCCCAGGUCCCAGGAGCAGCUGGGGAAUCUGAGGCAUCACCUGAUCCAGUUCAGUCCCCAGUACCAGAGCGGGAGCGUGGCUGAACGCAGCCCUCCGCCUGUUCUCGCCAAACCGCUGAUGAACAUCAUGUCCCGGCUGAGCCUGUCUGACAUGAACACGCUGCUGUACCGCUGCGAUGCUGAGGAGAGAGAGGACGGGGGAGGUUGCUACAACGUUCCCUCUGGGUUGCCUCUCAACUACGGAGGCCUGCAAGGGCUGAUUUCCGUGAUGGCGGAGAUCCGUCCGAAGAACGAUCUCGGACAUCCGCUCUGUGACAACCUGAGACAGGGAGACUGGAUGAUGGAGUACGUUUCUGAUAGACUUCUAGCCAAGGGUGGAGCUGUGGGAGAGGUGGGCUCCUGGGUCCAGGCCAUGUUCGGCCACCUGAGGCACGUCCCCCGCUACCUUGUGCCGUGCUACUUUGACGCCAUCGUCCAGGGCGUCUACGCCGCGGCUCUGGCGGCUGUUUUCAAACGGAUGUCAAGCUUUGUGCUGAACGGUUCCAGCCUGGUGAAACAGCUGGCACUGACCUCGGUGCAGAUGUGCGGGUCGAAUCGCAGUUGGCCCGACCCCUCUCCUCGCCUCAAAGACGCCACGACGCGGGACGAGCAGCACUGUGUGUCGAUGGCAGCAGGCCUUCCUCACUUCUGCGCCGGCGUAUUCCGCUGUUGGGGUCGCGACACCCUCAUUUCCCUGAGAGGCCUGCUCUUACUCACCGGCAGACACGCGGAGGCUCGGAACAUCAUCCUGGCAUUUGCGGGAACGCUGCGUCAUGGCCUGAUCCCCAACCUGCUGGGCGAGGGCGGCGGCGGCGGCGGCGGCGCUCGCUACAGCAGCAGGGACGCUGUGUGGUGGUGGCUGCAGUGUGUCCAGGAGUACUGCACGCUGGUGCCCGGCGGCGUCUCCAUCCUCGGCUGUCCCGUCUCCAGGAUGCACCCCGACGACGAGCCCGGGCCUCGGCCUGCUGGAGCUUGGGAUCAGCCGCUGUGUGAUGUGAUCCAGGAGGCCAUGCAGAGGCACAUGCAGGGUAUCCAGUUCAGAGAGGCCGACGCUGGGCCUCAAGUGGAUCGCAACAUGACCGAGGAAGGAUUCAACGUGGAGGCCGGCGUCGACCAGGCCACCGGCUUCGUCUACGGAGGAAACCGCUUCAACUGUGGAACCUGGAUGGACAAGUUGGGCGAGAGUGACAAGGCGCACAACAAGGGAGUCCCGGCGACACCCAGGGACGGCUCUGCAGUGGAGAUAGUGGGUUUAUGUAAGUCCGCUGUGCGCUGGCUUGUGGAGCUCCACAACAAUGGCCACUUCCCCUAUGAAGCGGUCAACAUACACAGAGAAGGACAGACAUGCUCCGUGUCAUAUGCGGAGUGGGAUCGCAAGAUCCAGGAAAACUUUGAGAAGAGGUUCUACAUCUCCCACGACCCCCGGGACCCCGGGGAGACCCAGCCGGAGCUGGUCCACAAAAGAGGCAUCUACAGGGACACCUGCGGCGCGUCCAGCCCCUGGUGUGACUACCAGCUCCGGCCUAACUUCCCCAUUGCCAUGACGGUGGCUCCUGAGCUGUUCACUGUGGAGAAAGCCUGGGAGGCUCUGGGUGUGGCCGAGGGGAAGCUGCUGGGACCCCUGGGAAUGAAGACGUUGGACCCCGAUGACAUGGUGUAUUGUGGCGUCUACGACGACAACAUGGACAAUGAGAACUUCAGCCAAGCGAAGGGAUUCAACUAUCAUCAGGGCCCGGAAUGGUUGUGGCCCGUCGGCUACUUCCUGCGCGCCAAACUUUACUUUGCGAAGAAAAUGGGAAAGGCGACGCACGAAAAGACUGUCAGCCUGGUGAAAAACACUGUGUCUCGUCACGCCGUCCACUUGGAGAGGUCACCUUGGAAGGGUCUCCCCGGGCUGACCAACGAGAACGGCCGGCACUGUCCCUUCAGCUGCGAGAGCCAAGCCUCCGCCAACGCCGCCAUCCUGGAGGUCCUGUACGACCUUUGACGGCUGCGUCCCAAGCGACACCUUUAGCAAUGACCCACCCCCCAACCUGCCGCACAAACACAUAACCUAAAGAAGAGCGCACUGUCAAUGCAUGAAGAACCGCUAACAAAGAAAUUCAUAUGAAUUUGUGAAUAAAACAGAAUUUUUGUUUCUAA